AUGGAUAUUGUUCUAGGCGUGUACAAGACAACUAUGGAUAUUGUUCUAGGCGUGUACAAGACAACUAUGGAUAUUGUUCUAGGCGUGUACAAGACAACUAUGGAUAUUGUUCUAGGCGUGUACAAGACAACUAUGGAUGUUGUUCUAGGCGUAAUGAUGUGGAUUUUUUAUUUAUUAAGCAGUAUCAUGAUUGAACGUGUCGCUGGCAAGGAGUGCACCUUCUCUAAAGACUGCUUCGCCGAGAAUUGUUUAAAUACAACUGAUCAUUUACAGCUUCCGGGAAGCUUAUCUCUAUCGAAACCCUGCAGCCUUUGCAAGUUUGGAACCUGCUUCAAGAUUCCUCAAAUUGAUGGAACAGAGUGUAAAGAUGUUAUAGAUUGUCCUUGCAGUACCCAAACCCCAGAAACCUGCUUCUGUCAAUUUGGAAAGUGUUUUUCCGAUCCAAAGGAUAAGUUUGAGUGUAGAACAUCUGAAGAAUGUUCAAACUAUGAAAAAUGUUCCAAUAAACUCUGCACAUGUUCAGGUAACCUUUGCGAAUACCAGUGUGAGACUGCUGAGGAUUGUGAGAAGGGCGGAUACUUCUGCAAGAAUGUUUAUAGACCUGAGUUUAAAUGCAAGUGUGAGAAGAAUAUUUGCGUUGAUGAGAAAAUUGCUGAAGAAUGUUCAAACAUCAAGGAUUGUAGCGAAAAAGGAAAAUGUUCCUCUGAUGAGCCCUGUGAAUGUUCUUCUAAAAUUUGUAAAAAACCUUCCUGGUCCACCAAAUACCCAGCAAAUAAUUGCAGAGAUAAUUUUGAUUGUAAGUCUGUGCCUAACUGUGAGAAAGGGAGCUGUACAUGUGAGAAUAAAAAAGAUGGCUGGGGAUCAUGCAAAACUAAAAAAGAAAAAGAAUCUUCAGAAGAUGGAGAUAAAGAAGAUGAAGUUGUUACAAUUGAGAUUGAAAAUUUUAACGGGACAACUUCACCAGCGGAAGUAAUUGAUCAGCCAGAAGCGAUCAUUCAAAGUCUUAUAGUUAACAAUGGAUCUGAAACAAAUUCAGCAAAUUUAGAAAAUGCAAUUGACCCAUUGAAACAACAAAAUGUACUAGGGCAAGACUAUAUAGCUUUACCAUCUGAAGUAAUUGAUCAACCCGAAGUGAUCAUUGAAAAUCAUACAGUUAAAUAUGAAUCUGAAACAGAAAAUUCAAAUUCAGCAAAAUCAGAAAAUGCAACAGAUCCAACUAAACAAAGAAGUGAAUUAGGUGAAGGCUAUAAUCAAGGAACCAAAGGAAAAGGCAAUAGAAUGAGUAAAAAAUGCCAGCGGAACCAAGAAAAGAGAAAGAAAACGAUAAAAGAAGAAAUUGAAAAAGAUCUUUUAAAACUGUUGCUGCCCAGGCAGAGCUGGAAUGGCUUAUGAUUACUUAAAACAGUUCAAAAAUGUAAAAUAAAGGUUUAUUAGAAAUAAAAAACGAAAAUAUUGAAA